AUGACCAUCUCCGAAAGCAUCACUGCGGAGGCCUCGACUCUUGCCCCGGUUUCCCACCCCUUGGACCCUCUCACGGCCCAUGAGAUAGCCGAAGCCUCGGCUAUCCUGAAGUCCGAACGCCAGUUGGGCGAUCGGGUGCGGUUCGAGACCGUGGUUCUCCAGGAACCGGACAAGAAACACGUAAUCGACUAUCGCUCCGGCGCCCCCAUUCCACGCUCGGCCUUCCUGGUUAUCCUCGACAACGAGACCGCAUCAACCUUCGAGGCUGUGGUGUCCCUCGACGAACGGCGCGUGGUCUCGUGGAAGCACGUCCCAGGUGUCCAGCCGAGGGUGAUGUUCGACGAAUUCCUCGAAUGCGAGGCGGUGGUCAGGGCCGAUCCUCAAUUCUUGGCCGCCAUCGCCAAGCGGGGAAUCAUCGAUUCGAGCCUGGUGAUGGUCGAUCCCUGGUCUGCCGGGAACUAUGGCUACGCGGACGAGGAAGGACGCCGGCUGGUGCUUGCUCGCUGCUUCCUCCGCUCCAGCCCCACCGAUAACGGCUAUGCCCGUCCCAUCGAGGGAGUCACCGCCGUCGUCGACCUGAACAGCAUGGAGGUUGUGCGCGUCGACGACUACGGCCUGGUUCCUCUGCCCCCCGAGGACGGGAAUUACGGUGCCGAGUUCGUCGGGAAGUUCCGUGGCGACGUGAAACCCCUGGAUAUUACCCAGCCUGACGGGCCGAGCUUCGAGGUGAACGGUUGGGGAGUUUCCUGGCAGAAGUGGCGCCUGCGCGUCGGCUUCACGCCACGAGAAGGCUUGGUGAUCCACAACGUCGGCUAUGAAGACCAGGGACGCAUCAGGCCGGUCCUCUACCGUGCCGCCCUGUCCGACAUGGUGGUGCCAUACGGCGACCCCAGCAAGGACCAUUACAGGAAGAAUGCUUUCGAUGCGGGCGAGUACGGCAUCGGCUCUCUCACGAACACUCUUACCUUGGGAUGCGAUUGCCUGGGAGAGAUCCACUACUUCGACGCGGUCCUGAACAACGGUCUCGGAGAACCAUUCACCAUUCCCAGUGCAGUCUGCAUGCACGAGGAAGACUACGGCAUCUUGUGGAAGCACACGGACUGGCGUACCAACCAGACCGAGGUGCGCCGUUCCAGGCGCCUGGUGGUGUCCAGCAUCGCGACCGUCGGCAAUUAUGAGUAUGGGUUCUUCUGGUACUUCUACCAGGACGGCACCAUCCAAAUGGAGAUCAAGCUCACCGGGAUAAUCAACACAGCCGCUGUCCCCGAGGGUGAAAAGCCCAAAUACGGUACGCUGGUGGCUCCGCAGCUCAACGCCCACAUACACCAGCACUUUUUCAACUUCCGGCUCGAUAUGGACGUGGACGGAGGAAGUAAUUCGGCCUUUGAGGUCAACACGGUGGCCGAACCCCUGGGCCAGGACAACCCUCACGGAAACGCCUUCUAUGCCCAGGCAACCCCGUUGCGGACCGAACACGAGGCCCAGCGGGUGGUUGACCCCAUGAGCGGGCGCUACUGGAUCAUUUCCAAUCCCUCAGUCACGAACGCCCUCGGAAACCCGGGGUGGCCUACAAGCUGA